AAAGCUCUCUGGAGCCAAUUCCAUUUUAUGGGAGAUGAUGGGAAUCCCACCCGCAGCAGCUCCCGAUCCCCGCGUCGCCCUUUGCCUCGUGUGGGAGGCAGCGUCAUAAACGGCUGGGUAGGAGCCGGGCGGCCAACGGGGAGGGACGGCCCCGCCUGCUUCCAGCUGGCCAUGGCCGCUCUCUCCAGCCGCCGCCUGGCCGAAGUGCAGCGCCGCGUGGCCGAGGUGCACCGCCAAAGCGAUCUGCGGCAGCUGCUGCGCUUCUACAACGGCUGGGCCGAAGACUAUGACCAGGAUGUGGCAAUGUUGCAAUACCAAGCCCCAAGUCUGGCUGCUGCUUUCUUGGCCUCCAUUUUCCAGGGUUCAGCUGAGGAUGCACUCGUGCUGGAUGUGGCCUGUGGCACAGGACUUGUGGCCCAGGAGCUUCAGGCAAAAGGUUUUCGCCAUCUCCAUGGCCUGGAUGGCAGCCGGGAGAUGUUGGAACACGCACGGCACAAAGGACUGUACGAGGAUUUGAAGUUGUGCUUGCUGGGCCAGGAAACCUUACCAGUUCCUGAAGGCUGCUAUGAUGCUACUGUAAUUGUGGGUGCGCUCAGUGAGGGACAAGUGCCCUCUGGUGUCAUUCCCCAGCUUCUUCUGGUCACCAAGCCAGGUGGCUAUGUGUGUCUGACCACACGAAACAACUCAAGCAACUUACCAUACAAGAUUGAACUGCAGCAGUUGCUGAAUGACCUGGAGCAGCAAGGAUUGUGGGAAAAGGUUGGGAUGCAGGAAGUCGAAAAAUGGGAGAGAGCAACAUCACAUCAGGAAUCUGAUCAGGACUCGGAUUAUAUCUCUGGCGUGGUUUACAUAUACCGAAAAAAAUAAAAGUCUGGUUUAAACAUUCUUCAUGUUGGAAGAUCUUCAAGGAAUCAAUCAGCAGCGUUUGCAAGACAGACGGCGCUAGAGAUAAUCAGGUUCCAAAAAUAAUUUAUAUUUCUUUGGGGCCAAAAAUACUAGUGGCAGUGAUGGCCAAUGCUAGGAUGGCUUUAAAGAAGAAGAGGAAAUGCAUGCGACGAGUAACACCUAGCAAUUAAAACUAUAUGGAAUCUCCCUGUUGAGAAAUAGCCUGCUUUUUAAUGUCAUUUGCUGGAAUUCCAAGGGAAGAAGAUGGCCAUCCUUGUGUCACUGCUGGAAGCAGGAUGCUGGCUUAGACCUUUUCAGCCUGCUGGGUACUUAUAUUUACACCUUGACUGGAAUGAGUGGUUUGGACACAUUCCUUUGAGAGGUGUUCCAGGGGCCGUAUUCAUAGAAGUGGGCGAGGCCAGGACAAAAAAGCA